AAAAAUGUCGGUGGCAACUAAGAACGUGACAGAAAGGAAGGAAUCGAGAACAAAAAUAACGCUGUUAAAAACAAUUAUGAAAACAAUACAAUCAUUCAUUCCUGUUAUCAUGCUGUAUCCAGGCGUAACAUUGACCAUCAUUGCUAACCAAUGCCUUUUUCAUGAACUCAAUAUUUUUAUGCAUUUAUAAAUGUAAUGAUUUUAAUGAAGAAAAGUGUGAAAUAUCGUUUCUUCUUAGGGUUUUGUGUUCUUGUAACUGUUCUAUGUUUUAUUUUAAUAAGUUGGUUGUGUCCCGAUAAAGCCUGUGAUUUUUCCGGCUGGAAUUAUUCACAAUUUAAAUAUCCCAGCUGGACUCAACUUAGUUUGAAGCAUGUUGUAGCUGAUAAUCUCGGCAGGCCCUUGACUUUUUUGUCUCAUCCCUUGAUCAGGGAACGGAUUAAAAUUCCUGAAAAACACGACAAACUAUCAUUUGACGAAUUAGUAAAAUCAGAUUUUCAUUUUAACAUAAAAGGCUCUGAUGUCAUAGUAUUUUUACAUAUUCAGAAGACCGGUGGGACAUCGUUUGGUCGGCAUUUAGUACGAGAUCUGGACCUUGAGCAACCAUGCCAGUGCCGGAAAGGGCGUAAAAAGUGCCGCUGUUACAGACCUGAUUCUGAUGACAACUGGCUUUUUAGUAGAUAUUCAACGGGCUGGAAAUGUGGUCUACAUGCUGAUUGGACUGAACUUACAAAUUGUGUGGAAAGUGCUAUGGACAAAAGUGAUAAAGGAUCAGCUAAGAGGAGGUAUUUUUAUAUAACAUUACUACGGGAACCAGUUGCUAGAUUUCUAAGUGAAUUCAGACACGUACAGCGAGGGGCUACCUGGAAAACAUCUCGCCAUUUAUGCCAAGGACGACCUCCUACCUUAAAAGAACUUCCUCUUUGUUUUUCCGGAGAAGAUUGGAGGGAUGUAUCACUGAAAGAGUUUAUGGACUGCUCUUCUAAUUUGGCUAUCAACAGACAAACCCGGAUGUUAGCGGAUUUAACAUUAGUUGGUUGCUAUAAUAUGUCUGCAAUGACUAAACAGGACAGGGAUAUCCUUAUGCUUGCUAGUGCCAAAGAAAAUUUGAGGAAAAUGGCUUUCUUUGGUCUUUGUGAGUAUCAAAAAAUUUCACAAUAUUUAUUUGAAAGUACUUUUCACUUGCAUUUUCUUCAAUCUUUUCAUCAGCUUAAUGAAACUCACGGGAGUCAAGCUCGUAUAGCUGUUACUGAAGAUGCCAUUCGUUUGAUUCGCAAAUUGAAUUAUUUGGAUGUUCAGCUCUACGAAUAUGCUACUGAUCUGUUGCACCAGAGAUUUCAAGUUAUGAAAAAUACAGACCCUAAAUUUGAACAAAAUUUUAAAAAUUUAGGCAAAAAGAAAAGUGAUACUGGUUUUGGAUCAGGCUUAAAAGAGUCUUGAUAAUUUUUUUUGACCCUGUAUGAGGUUUUAGCAUAUAUGAUCUCACAAAUGGUUUUAGUGUAUUUUUACAUUUAGCAUUAUUAUUUGAAGGGAGAUAAAAAACAUCUUUCAUCCUUAAUGGGAUUUGUUUAUUGAAAAUUGUGCUAGUCAUUAACAAGCAAAAAUUUACUUUUAGAAAAAAAUUUUAAAAAUUAGAUGGAUUAUCUGUUUUUAAUUUUCUUUGAACUCAUUAAUUUAAAGCAUUGUUUGAAAUCUAUAUAUUUUAUUUGUGCUAAUUUGUUUUUCAACAAAAAUUAUUGAUCAAACAUUUUUACUCCCGUUGUGGGUAAUAUACAUAAUAAUUUACUCUACAAAACCUUUUUAUUACUUCUGGUUUCUGUGUUGAUAAUGUCAUUAAGUAAUCUGUCUCAUCUGAUUACUUAUUAUUUAGGGGUUAAACAUGCAUGUUACCAUAUAUACUAAAACCUUUUUGUUUUUAAACACCCUAAGUAUUCAAUAUAUUAGGAUUUUUAUUUUUAACUUUUUUUCUGUAAUUUUAACACCAAAUAUUUUUUGUUUAGAUUUUAUAUAUUUACAUCCCGUUUAUGUGCAAUUCUUAUUGAGGUGCUUGUAAUUUGUCUUAUUAAUCACGCUUUUUAGUUGACUACUUAUGACUUAUUGUGUUUUUUGAAAAAAAUUUCUCUUUUUGUUUUUAGCCUUCAUAUAUGAUCAUUAUAUGUGCUUCCUGUAUAUUCAACCUUUGUUUUAAAUAAUUUUUAUAAUUCUUUUGAAAUUAAUAAUUUUAAUUUUAUUAGAAUACUUAUCACUUUUAAUUAUAUUUUAAUUACUUACUCAUAAUAAUAGCUCAUUUAAGCACUCAGAUAAUUAUAAGUUUAUUUUCAUAGCUCAUUAUUAAAAUUUUAUUUCUCAGUUAUACAUUUACAACAGUUUAAACUAUAAGUUCCAAGGUCUAUUUAUUUAAAAAAAUUUAUAGUGCUAAUUAUUUUGUUACAUGCAUAUUUUUUUUAAGUUAAUUUUUUGAAUUAACUGUAUAGUAAUGAAUAAAUUUCUAGAGUAUUGUUUAUAUUAAAAAAAAUUUCUAAAUGAAUAAAUUUAAAUACUUAGUAAGUAAAUUAAUUGUAUCUAUGCGUUCAACAAUUUCCCAAAUAAAUUACUUCAAUUUUCAACUUUCGUAAUUACUUAAAUUAAUUUUUCAAGACCCUUUCUUUAUUUUAUCUUUUUUCAGUAAAACUUUAUGUCUAUGAAAUUUUGUGUUUUUGUGAAUUAGUAUUGAUUGACUUUAAGAAUAUUCUCAUUCUCUUUUGGUAAUUUUAUUUACUUAAAACUGUUAUUUCAAAGUAUAAGAAUUUAAAUUUUUUUUAAAUGAAUGUUGUUUUGCAAUUAUGAAUGUUUGUG